GAGGGAACUAUGUGUUAAGUGCAUCUUCCUGGCGGGAGGGACAAAAGCUGGUAAAAAAGAUCCUGGGUCCAGCUCCCAGAAUAGAACAGGACAGAAGAGCUGUAUCCAGUGACAGAACAGGACGAGAGAGAGCUGCCAAUUCUGGCUGCAUUGGAAGGACAGGUUCAGAUUCCAGACUGGAUGUGACCCGUAAAACCUCUUCAAGAAGUUCUGAAAGGAGUACUUCAAGAAGUAAAGUACGGUCUGAGAGUAAUCUGAAGAAACUGGAUGCUCCUCUUCCAGAUGAUAACCAAGAGGAUCAUGGCUCUGUGAAUAAGGACUUCCUGCCUCUGGAGAUACGUGGAAUUCUUGAUGACUUGCAGUUGGAUUCCAUGAGUACAAAGCAAGAGAAAGAUGUGGAGAAACAGAACCAAAAAUCUGUUUUGCCCGUUCAAAAUACCAGGAGCCACAGUCCAACCAAAAGGAAACCAGACAAGGUAGGUGCCAGCGAGGAGCCCCAGGUGAUCUCUAAGAAACGCCACUAUGACUCCAAUGAGGUUCGUCAGUACAUCAUCAAGCAACAAGAGGAGAGGAAGAAGAAGCAGAAUGAAGAGAAGAAAGCACAAAAGGAAGCGACAGAACAGAAGAACAAAAGGCUCCAAGAGCUGUACAGGAAGCAGAAGGAGGCUGUUGCUAAAGCAAAGAAUGUGCCUCCUCCUGAGCCUUCAGCAGCCAAACGGUUACAGGAAACCUAUUCCAAACUCCUGCUGGAACGAACACUUUUAGAAGAGCCACCUCAGCUGCCUACGGUGCAGGAAACACAGCCCAGACCUGGUUAUCAACCAUCCGGGGAAUCCGACAAAGAAAACAAGGCUCAAGAGCGUCCUCCGAGCGCCUCCUCAAGCAGUGACAUGUCCCUGUCGGAGCCACAGCAGCCCCUGCUGAGGAGCGAUAUGAUGGAGCCUCCAUGGGUACAGCCAGACAGGCUGAGCCCAAGAGUCCAGCUCCCUCACCCACAAGCUCUCUUGGGCUCAAAUGGAGGCCCUUGUUCCCAGCACUGGAGCCUGGAGCAGAUGGAGCUCUUGUCCAAGGAGUGUGACGCGAUGUUGGCAGGCAGGAGGAGUCACGCUGCGCCCGUGGGGUCACUGAUGCCUCAGCCAUACCUGAACCCACCUGCUGCACAGCCAAAUCUCCUAGUCAAACCUACUGCUAGCCAAUACAAGAGCAAACUAGAUCGCAUUGAAGCUCUGAAAGCUACAGCUGCUUCCCUUUCUAGCAGGAUUGAAAGUGAAGCCAAAAAGUUGGCUGGUGCUGGUGUCAACUACGGUACCGUGUGGAACUCGGAAUUUAUGCAAGAAAACCAGAAUGAUGGACGGUGGGCAAAGCCUGUGAGUCCUCCUGUGAGGGAGGAAAAUGAAGAUGCUUUCUCAGCCAGAAUUCAGAAAAUGUUGGGUGCCUGUGUGUCUCAUACAGCCUUUGAUGACAACCUUCCUGGGGUAGGCAACCUUAGUGAGUUUAAAAAGCUCCCUGAGACCAUCAGGCCUCUUGCUGAUGUUGUCAGCCUUGGAUUGAGGUCCCCUGCUGCUAACAGGCAUGAGGGGAUCCUGGGACAUUUAUCCAAGAGACAGACUGACUCCCCAGGGCAUGAGAACCAGGCGUAUGCUCAGAACAAGGCUGUGGUUCCUCCUGAGUCCAGCAUCGACUCCAUCAGCGAAGGACCCCUCCUGAGUGAUGGGAACCUCUCUGAGGAGGAAGGAGGCCAGCACAAACAGAUGCCCCUGAAGAUGCUGGAGACAUUAAAAGAGAAGGAUUUCUGCAUUCGGGAGAAAAAUGCUUUUGAGCCCAUAAAGGAGUUUCAGAAAGCAGCUGAGAAGUACUCACCACUCUUCACUCAGACAAGUGAUGCACGCAGCAAGGGGCCCUGGGAGGAGCUGGCAAAGGGAAGUCCCCACAGUGUCAUCAACAUCUUUGCAAAAAAUUAUCAGCUUCAUGGUAAAGUGUUUGACGAAAGGCCGAACGGAGGCUCUGCCCUUCUGCGCCCUUUGCUCCCUGCCUUGAGCCCCCCAGAGAGUGUGGCUUCUUAUGAAGAUGACUUUGCCUCAUCGCAGGGAAGUAGCACUUUAACAGACAAGAAGAUUGCACGUGACCUCAGUGUUGCUGGCAGCAGCAAUUCAAGCAUUCAGGAAGAAGUUCCAAGCAGGAAGUCUCCCCAUGAUCCUCGAUCUGCAGAGCUCACUUCCCAGCACUCCUCUGGGCCACGGUCUGCAGCAUCUUCUCGCUCAUCUGCUUCCUCUAAAAAGAGAGGGAAAAAGGAAAGGUUGGACUCUUUUAAUGGAAGCUCUCACCACUUCUCUGUGGCCGAAGAUAAAAUACUGUCUGAGUUGGAAUGGGGAUCCCAACAGGCAAAGAAAUCCUUAUCGAGUAGCAGAAUUUCUAGCAAAGAAAAUGAGCAGAACCCAGAUACAGACAGCACACUGGAAAACUUGUCUGGACACUCCCUGGUGAGUUUCUCAGACAAAGGAAGAUCCCAGAAGACACCAACUUCUUCCCCAUCUUCCAGUUCCCAAAAGAUGCUGCAGUUUGAUUCUGCAGGCAAUUCAGCAGAAAGAGUCAAGUCACCUGCUGGCUUUUCUGGAGGUACAGCCUCAGGGCUGAAGCCUAAUGUAGCCUACCCUGACUUGAGCCUGGGAACUAGCAGGUCUGUAGCAGGAGCAGCCUCGGCGAGUGGAUGUAUGCGCUUCUCCCCCGCUGGUCUUCAGCACCGAUUGUCCGCAGAGCUGAACUACCUUAGUGCUAUCGAGGAGUCUGUGCGGCAGCUCUCGGAUUUGGAACGGGUUCGAGGCAUAUCCCUCGCCCAGCAGGAGAGUGUUUCCCUGGCUCAGAUUCUAAAGGCACAACAGCAGCGCCAUGAGCGGGACUUGGCUCUUUUGAAAAUCAAGGCUGAACAAGAAGCUUUAGAAAGUCAGAGACAACUGGAUGAGACCAGGCAGAAGGCAGCUCAGGUCCAUGCAGAGUCCCUGCAGCAGCUGGUUCAGGCACGGCAGGAGGCUGGGCCAGAGACCCCAAGCAAGGCUGCAGCCAAGCAGGCAGAAACUGCACUGCUUGCUGCAGAUGCAGCUCACCAGCUCCGUGAGAUGACAGAGCUAAUACGGAGCCCAAUCUCAGACGGUGUCAGUGCUCCAGCUGCUCCUGUCACCACCUUGUUUGACCACCAGCGGCAGCAUCAUUCCGAGUUCAUGAGGCAGCUGAGAGCCCGAGCUGAUACCAACAGGAAAUGUGACUCUGGUGCCACAUCACAAGGUAAAGAGGAGACAGGUGAUUCAAAACAGGCAUACUCACCAAUGUUUGAUAGCUACUUAGAGAGCUCAAGAUCAAAGGUUCAUGAGCAGAGCAGCACCAGCAGUCGCCAGGAGAGCCCUUCAGUUCCAGCUUCUAAGGAGAAUGAGAAGAAGCUUUCCCGGCGUGAGAAGAUCAGCAGCAGCAUUGAAGAACAGGCUCACACUGCUGCAGAUGAUUCCUUGCCCAGUGACAGUGUGUUGUCCCUGCCGGAUGAGAAAGAUUCUGCUUCUGUUGCAACAGAAUAUUCAUUGAAAUUUGAUGAGUCCAUGACAGAGGAUGAGAUUGAAGAGAAGUCCUUCAGGUCUUUGCUGCCCUCUGAGAGUCACCGCAGAAAUAACCUGGAGAAGAAACGUGGUAAUCGAGAUGACUCUGAUGAGGAGGUGUCCCCAGAAAAAUCAGCUCUCUCAUCUAUCAAGGAGCUAAGCAUGCCAUUCUCAGGGGGGCAAGAUAGUUUCUCUAAAUUUACCAUGGAGAUGGUGAGGCAGUACAUGAAGGAGGAGGAAAUGCGAGCAGCUCACCAGUCCUCACUGCUUCGGCUCCGCGAGAAGGCGCUGAAAGAGAAGACCAAGGCUGAACUAGCUUGGCUGGAGCACCAGAAGAAGCAUUUGAGAGACAAGGGAGAGGAUGACAAGAUGCCUCCUAUUCGAAAGAGGCAGCGUGGUCUGCUGCUGAGAUUACAGCAGGAAAAGGCAGAAAUUAAGCGUCUCCAAGAGGCUAACAAGGCUGCCAGGAAGGAGAGGCAGCUGAUCCUCAAGCAGCAGGCAGAAAUAGAACGGAUCCGUCAGACUACCAUGAAACUGCAGGAAAAACUCAAGUCUGCAGGAGAAAACAAGAUGGAGCUUCACAGUGAGGAUGACAUCAAGCAGAGCAAUGGUUCUAGCCCACUUCCCACAGAUGCAGAGACACGCAGUCCUUCCCCAAUCUCCAUCUCCAGCAGUGAGACCAGCAGCAUUAUGCAGAAACUGAAAAAAAUGCGCAGCAGAAUGGAUGAAAAGUUCCUAACCAAGCGGGAACAGAAGCUGAUGCAGCGCCGACAACAUGCUGAAGAGCUGCUGGAGUGGAAACGCCGCCUGGAUGCAGAGGAAGCAGAAAUACGGCGCAUAGAAAAGCAGGCUCUGGCUGCCUGGGACAAAGAGCUGCUCAAGUCCAAAACAGCCAAGAAAGAGCUGGGAGAUCAGAGAAGUGAGCCCAAAGAAACUGCUAGUGAAGAAGAGUCUCCAGUGCCUUCUUGCUCUCAUCGGAACAGUGAAAGCUCUAUUCUAGAAGAUCUUGGCAGUCUGGCUGCUGAGUCUGUCCCAUCAGAGCCCAUGGGCCAUGGACAACCAGAAAGCCCAGAUCAGAGUACAAUUCAUGAAGAAAUGGCUUAUUCUGAAGACUUCAAGUCCUCUACCUCACCUGGCAAACUUUCUCCUCCCAAAAGCAGCAUAUCUGUCUCAAAGCAAGACUCCAGCAAAGGCAGCCACAGGACAGGAGGACAGCUACGUUCACCUGUGAAGUCUCAUCAGGUAUCUCACAACUGGUCUGAUGAAUCUUUGUCCAUGACACAGUCAGAAACCACCUCUGAUCAAAGUGACAUCGAAGGACGUAUCAGGGCCCUGAAGGAUGAACUACGGAAAAGGAAAUCUGUGGUUUACCAGCUGAAAAAGGAGCAGAAGAAGAGACAAAAGGAGAGACUGAAGGCCCAGGAAGCCAGUCUGAUCAAACAGCUGGAGUCCUAUGAUGAGUUUAUCAAGAAGACUGAAGCAGAGCUGAGCCAAGAUCUGGAGGUAUCACCAACAGCCAAACCUCAGAUAAAAACUCCAUCCUCAGCUGCUGCUGAAAAGCCUAAGAUCAAGGCACCACCACUCCACAGGCCUGAGACAACUAAAAACUGGAAGUCACUGACUGAAUCAGAGAGAUCCAGAGCAUCUUUGGAAUCCAUUUCAGAACAUGCAGAUGCUCUGUCAUCGAAGACUGAGAGGUCUGUGUCUGUGCACACCAAGAAGAUGGCUGUGACAGAUGUUCGUGCAGGAGAACCUUCUGGAAUACCUUCCUCGGUUUUAAAAUUACCAAGGAGUUCCAGAACAGGAUCUGGUGAUUGCUCAGAUAGUGUCCCCUCAUCAGCUCUUCUCAAAGACACGAAAGACAUUAGCAGGAUAUCCCCUGAGUCAGUGAACAAAGUGGUCAAUGCAUCUGGUGUUGAUGCUGCUGUUAGUCAGAAAUCUGAGAUUACAGAAGACUUGGAAUACAUAAAGUCAGAGGAAUAUGAGACUGAAGGUUCUCAUGUUAAGCCUUUGGAGAGUUCUGAUGUCUUGUUGACAUUAGAUAAAGAACAGGAGCACUCACUGGACCUCUGCUCUGAAAACAAACUCUCUCAGAAGGAACUAUUUGAUUUGGCUGUGGAAAGUCUUCAUGGUGCAGAAGACACCUCAGAACAGAGUGUGGCAGAUAAAGAUGCUCUAACUGCCCCAAGUGCAGAGGAGGCUUCUCACAAGCUCAGCAAAUCCGCAGAGGAAAAACCUUCUCUGCUUUCAGAACAGCUCUUGAGUCAAAAAGAGGCAUCAUACCUUGAAGACUUUGAGGGCUCCUCCUCCAGAAAACAAGCUUCAGCUGAGGAAACGCUUCUUGGGGAGCGAUACAAGGACGACUUCGAAGGAUCAGCUAACGGAGAGUCGCUGAGGGAGCAGUCCCAGCACACACAGCCCAGCCAGAGCGCGUCCCCCAGCCUCGGCAGCGAUGGGGACAUCAGUGAACACCUCAGCGAGAGGUCUCUCUCUGACAGCAUGCACUCAGAGAGGCUGCUAGAGCUCAAGUCCCCAGCAGAGCUUAUGAAGAACACAGAACGCAGAGAUGUGGAGCAGGAACAGGCCCCCACGGGCUCACCGCUCUGGGCCUCGGUCUCUGCCACAGAAGAAACAGAUAGUUUAUCAGAUUUCAACGUUGGUGAUAGAGUACUUGUGAGUCAAGUCCAACCUGGAACGUUGCGGUUCAAAGGUCUGACUAAAUUUGCCAAAGGGUUUUGGGCUGGUGUGGAGUUGGAUGAACCUGAAGGGAACAACAAUGGAACUUAUGAUGGGAUUAAAUACUUCGAGUGCGAAGACAGACAUGGUAUUUUUGCCCCUCCUCAAAAAAUCUCUCACUUUACAGAAAGUAUCAACAGCCAUUUAGAUAUAAGUAAGGAUGAGGACUCAUUCUUUGAUGAUAGACUGGAGAAACAACACAAAGCUGAGCAGAAAGACAGAGGAAGUUCCAAACCUGGCAAAGAGGAUGAAAGCCAGAAAAGAAAUGCAACAGAGAACUAUUCCCAGAAUAAAGCUCCUGCAGACAGAGGUGUUUCAGAAGCCUCAGCUGAGGAAAAGGUUGAAGAAUUGUCAUCUAAAGCAAACAGCAUAAAGGAGAUACCUGUAACUCCUAGUUCCAUUGCCCAAGAACAGUCAGUGGUGGAUUAUCUGAAGCAGGCUGUGAACGAGGAGCCCAGCCUCACUCCUCUUACUUCUAGUGUCGUGGAUGAGAUUUCCACUGUUCAGGUGGAUGACAUCUCUGAUUUCCUUUCUGAAAAACUGGAGAGGCAGAAGACACUGGGAGAAGAGUGUGCUGAAAAGUUAGAUGAUCUCUCUCCUGGAGUUGUGGAGAAGUCUGCGACUCCUCUUCUGGAUUUGCUGACAAAAGAAAAGAACCAGUUAGAAGCACAGCUCAGACUACCACUUAGAGAGGAGGAAAAGUCAAAAGACCAACUGGAAAAGGUCAGUUUGCUGACAGACAGUCUGCUUAGAGAUUUUGUGAAAGACACAGUCAGCCAGUUACAGCAGAUAAAGAAGGUGAGGAAUGAGAAAAUCCACCUCAGCAACCAGGAGCUCUGUGAUGUGAAGGAGGAAUCCAGUACCCCAUCCCAGCAGGUUGAAAAGCAGAUUCCAGAUGGACUGAAUAACUUCUUCCUAAGUUCUGAUUUGGAAGAUGACAGAGAAGAACUUUCCUCUCCAGACAUGUGCCCCAGACCAGAGAGCCCAGUGUUUGGUGCCAGUGGUCAGGAAGAGCUUGCCAAGAGACUUGCAGAGCUGGAGCUCAACAGGGAGUUCCUGAGUGUGCUGGGAGAUGAUCAAGACUGGUUUGAUGAGGACUAUGGCCUGGGUUCCCGUCAGCUCCAGCAGAAGCAAACUGAGGAACCAGCAGUGCCACCCCAGGCAGAAGUGCAGAAGGUGCUGACAAAGCCGUGUGAGGAGCCUCUGGCAGUCCCUCACACUGCAGUGGAGGUGGAAGGUAUGGUGCAUGCAGCAGCUGAGCAGCUCUGGAAGCUGAAAGAGCUGGGUCAUGAUCUUCAGAGCUGCAGCCUUCAUACAGAUCUGAGUGGUCCCCUCCAAGAUCAGGACACGGACACGAUAAAUAAGCAGGUUUAUAAAAAGGUGGUAUUUGAUCUAACAAGAGAGAUCUUUGGGGAAAUCUUUGCUGAGGAUCCUAAUCUAAAUCAACCUAUUUGGAUGAAGCCGUGUAGGAUUGCAUCUGCUUAUUUUCGCCGGGUCAAAGAUCCAAAUGAUCUGGAUGAAAUCAAGAGCUUCAUUGCAGCUGAAGUGCUGAAGUUGUUCAGCCUGAGGAAAGAGCCUAAUCACAAAACAGACUGGCAGAAGAUGAUGAAGUUUGGGCGGAAGAAGCGAGACCGAGUGGAUCACAUACUGGUGCAGGAACUCCACGAGGAAGAAGCACAGUGGGUGAACUACGACGAGGACGAGCUGUGUGUGAAGAUGCAGUUGGCAGAUGGGAUCUUCGAGGCCUUAAUCAGAGACACUGUUGAUGUGCUGAACCAGAUAAACGAGAAACAGCGGAGACUGCUGCUGGUCUGA